AUGUACACUUCGGCGGAUGCGAACGACAGCACCGAGGAACAAGCUCUCACAUCAAUACAGGAGUUUUUUAAGGCCGUGAGUUUUGAAAAGGAGGCAGAUAAAUCAAUGCAUCCAUCAGGCAAUAGCUAUAGAAGCGAUGUAGAGCCCGUGCCCUUGCCUGGACAUGAUCACAAGACGUAUCAGUCAUCAUAUACUGAAAUUUACGCAAUCAAAUCCAAAUCCAACUUUUUCUCAUCUUCAUUUCACGUAAGAUAGACGCAUCAUCAUCAUAGAUAAUAGUUCUUUUCUCUUCGAAACAUCUAGCGAAGAAGCAAAAUACAAGAAAAGUGGAGUUAUUUGUGAAAUUGGUAAAGAUUCGAUACGAUUAUUAAACGGUCGUUUAGAGCUAACUGAAGAAAGACUUUGCCAGGUCCUUUCAGACUGCCGAGGUGAAUGUGAUUUGGAAAAAAAUGAAACUAAAGAAAAUCAA